GGAUCUUGGAGGAACAUGGAUUGCGCUUGCGUAGCCAGACGUGGCAGCGGCAUCAUGGCUUCUUGCAACCGAUUCGGGAGACGUAGGAGACUGGUCGAAAUGUUCUUAUUCCUGUCAUUGGUUGCAGUGUCAUCCGCCCUGCAGGCAGCGAAGGUGUCUCCGCUCAUAGAGAAAGUCAGUGACCACAAGGAUUUCAAGAAACUUCUGAGGACCAGAACUAAUGUGCUUGUCUUGUAUACAAAGUCAGCUUCGUCUGGAGGUGCUCAUCUAAAGCUGCUGUCUGAUGUGGCUCAGGCUGUGAAAGGUCAGGGUACCAUCGCCUGGGUAAACUGCGGGGAUUCAGAAGGACGCAAACUCUGUAAAAAAGUCAAGGUAGACCCCAGCUCGAAAACCACUGGAGUCGAGGUCUUGCAUUACAAGGAUGGGACCUUCCACACAGAAUAUAACAGACCAGCCACAUUUAAGUCCAUGGUGGCAUUCCUGAAAGACCCUGCAGGUGCCCCCCUGUGGGAGGAGAACCCUGAGGCUAAAGAUGUUGUUCACAUCGAGUCAGAGAAGGACUUCCGUAAGCUGCUGAAAAGAGAGGAGCGGCCCAUCCUCAUGAUGUUUUACGCCCCAUGGUGUGGUGUAUGUAAAAGGAUGCAGCCAAUUUUCCAGCAAGCAGCCACUGAGACAAAAGGGAAAUAUGUGUUGGCAGGGAUGAACGUGCACCCGGCUGAGUUUGACGGGCUAAAACAGGAAUUUAGCGUCAAGGGCUACCCAACCUUCUGCUACUUUGAGAAGGGGAAAUUCUUGCAUCACUAUGAGAAUUAUGGAGCCACCUCUAAAGACAUCGCUGAUUGGUUGAAAAACCCCCAGCCGCCACAGCCUAAAACUCCAGAGGUGCCCUGGUCUGAGUCCGGCUCGGCGGUCUUUCAUCUGACCGAUGAGUCUUUUGACACAUUCCUGGAGGAGCAUCCUUCAGCCCUGGUCAUGUUCUACGCUCCCUGGUGUGGCCACUGUAAGAAAAUGAAGCCGGACUAUGAUGAAGCUGCUGAGAUCCUCAAUAAAGAGCCAGAUAGCCCAGGUGUGUUGGCAGCAGUGGAUGCCACCAUUCACAAGUCCAUCGGAGAGCGCUUCAAAAUCUCAGGCUUCCCAACAGUGAAGUACUUUGAAAAGGGGGAGGAGAAGUUUACACUUCCUCAUCUACGGAGCAAAGACAAGAUCAUUGAGUGGCUGCAGAAUCCCCAGGCCCCACCUCCUCCAGAGAAGUCUUGGGAUGAGAUGCCUUCCAGCGUGAGCCACCUGGGAGCCGAAGAUUUCAGGGAAUUUCUGAAAAAGAAGAAACAUGCCUUGGUCAUGUUCUAUGCUCCAUGGUGUCCGCACUGCAAGAACGCCGUCCCUCAUUUCACCACAGCAGCUGAGCUGUUCAAAGAAGACCGCAAGAUUGCAUAUGCUGCAGUGGACUGCACAAAGGGACAAAACCAUGAGUUGUGUAAACAGGAGGGGGUUGAGGGCUACCCGUCAUUCAAUUAUUACAAUUAUGGGAAGUUCAGUGAGAAAUACAAUGGGGAAAGAGCGGAAGCUGGCUUUACUGGUUUCAUGAGAAAUCUCAGGGGCCGAGACCAAGAGAAAGUGGGCAAGCGGAAGGAGGAGCUCUAAUAAUGUGGGGGUGGUUCCUAUAAAUGGGAUGAGCCUAUCAUUGCACUGUGACUUGGGCAGGGACAUCCCAGCACUGAUGCCACAGACUUGAAACCUCAGCUAAAAAGGCUAUUUUUUUAUACAGCUGUGCCCUUAUGUUUGUAAUACCAAUGUACAACCAUCAGACAACUUUGUUUUGUUUUGUUUUCCUCAGACAUUUUGUGAAAUUGUUUCCAAAUACUGUGACUUCAGUUACUGAAAUACACACCUGAAAUCUAUGCAACACUGGGCCCUCACUCGCCAGGGUCCCAUACGUGUGAUGGGGGCUGGUGUUUAAUGGGGAAAACCAGUUAUCGCCAUGAUACAUUGCCGUCACUCCCAUUCCAGUGAGGAGUAAUAAUGUGUACAAUCGCAUCUGCAAAUAUUUUUGUACAAAAAAAAAAGGAAAAAAUGCUGUAUGACAUCAUGGUUUUGGCAGUAAAAAAAACAAGAUGGAGAAAGUUGUUGUAGAUGAAAUUUGUGGCCUUAAAUGUUUGAAUAACUGUCGUCCAAAUAUUUUACUCUUUUUCAAGAAUUAUAGUACUAGGGCCAAAAUACAAGUACAUGCAUUCAAGCAAGUAGUUUUUCCCUCAUGUUUUAUUGUCAGUUAUCAGAUAAAAUGACGUAACAAAACUGGAAAUGCCGAAAUAAAAAUGAAAAAAAAAAAUUUUUUUUUAGAUUGAAACCGUAUUUCAGAAUGAAUUCCUAGCAGUUUAAUCCAUGAAAAUUUCUGGGCCCUUCACCUUCCAUUGUAAAUGAAUGUUUCUGCUUAUUUUAAAAGUCUUGUCCGGUUUAAAUGUCUAGUCUGGUUAAGUAGUUUCUGAUUUACAUUUCUGUUCUAAAUCUAUAAUACACAUGGACUUUUCCUCUUCUUAGCAUGGGAAUGGUGAUGAUGACUGACCAUGGAUAUUGUCUUCAUUUAUGCGGGAGCGGGAUGGUUUGCUUUAAGGUAUGCUGAGUGAUGCUCAAUUAAUAUUUCUCAAUGGGUUAAACCGUGUAGUGCUGGAGCUCCUUGCCAGAUGUUGGCUCUCUUAGUGAGACCCCAACCCUUACCAGUAUCUUUGUGGCGACUCCACUAUUGUGAUUGUGGAAAACUUUCUGCUCUAGGCAGUAUACAUAUUUAAUGUUCUUGUAGCUGAACUUUUCUUGUAUAAUUCAGAAGGUUAGUUCGUUUAAUUAUAAAUAAUGUUCUCAGGGAUAGCGAAACACAAUUGAAGAGCACUAUUGCUCAUCGUAAUUUGCAAUCCAGUUGGGUGUUCUCUAUUCACGUCGCCGAAUUAUGAAUUGUUUACAUGUGUCUUCGGGAGAUGGAACACGAAAAAAAAAGCAUUGAACAGGAAUUUAGUUUACAUUUCCUUGCCAAAUUUGUGGCAAGAAAUAUUGAAUAAAACAUGAGUCAAGAAACGCUGAUGCAUAGAUGUCAAUUAUAUGCAAGAUAAUGGCUUCAAGUUC